GUUUGUUGUGGUGGAGAUGGAGGCCCGCGUAAUCGAUCGAUACGCCUGCUGGCGAAUCUGGCCAUGGUGUCCAUGGUGGCCGUUGUGCGCGUUGUGCCGGGGCGCGAAAGCGUCGCGAAGCUCACACGGUGAAACUUACACGGGGCUACCUUUGGCGAGUGGUGCGAACAUUUAUAAACGUGAUGAGCGCGACGCGAGCGUAGGGCGUGGUGAGCGUAGCCGACGGCGGCCUCCCCGCAGACGCAAACCCCUGAGCCCUGAGCCCUGACCACUCACGAAACACACAAGGUGGAGGUGAUGUAGGAGAACCAAGUUCUUGAGGAUUUUAUCACAUUUGACGGGGUAUUGCAAUAAACGAAGAAGACAAAAACGGGUGACGACAACGAGAAUAUGGUAUCUCUGCCUAGUGCAGAGUCCGGAACACUGGACAGAAUGGAUCGGCUCUCAGAUGAUGAUGAUGAUGAUCCCACUAGUGGAUCUGAAACCUAUGAAGAGGGUGACCUCUUAAGUGCUGCUAUGGAUGACGAUGUGACGGCCCAGCUCGCAGCUGCAGGUUGGCAAAUCAAACACGCUAAUGGGCCUGUUGGCGUUGCUGCGGCUGCCGCAAUCGUCUCGGCAAAGAAGCGAAAACGUCCCCACAGCUUCGAAACCAAUCCUAGCAUCCGGAAAAGGCAACAGAACAGGCUUUUAAGAAAGCUCAGGCAAACGAUAGAUGAGUUUGCGACACGAGUUGGACAACAAGCUGUGGUAUUAGUGGCCACGCCAGGAAAGCCGAAUAGUAGUUACAAGGUAUUCGGCGCCAAACCAUUGGAGGAUGUAGUGAAGAAUUUGAAGAGCGUCAUUAUGGAAGAAUUGGAAAGCGCCCUGGCACAGCAAGCUCCACCGCCGGUUCAAGAUGAUCCAUCUUUGUAUGAAUUGCCACCACUUAUAAUAGAUGGCAUUCCCACCCCCGUUGAGAAAAUGACUCAGGCUCAGCUCAGGGCGUUCAUCCCUCUGAUGCUAAAGUACUCCACAGGUCGUGGCAAGCCUGGCUGGGGACGAGAAAGCACACGACCGCCAUGGUGGCCCAAAGAAUUACCCUGGGCAAAUGUACGCAUGGACGCAAGAUCUGAAGAUGAGAAGCAGAAGAUCUCCUGGACCCACGCACUCAGGCAGAUCGUCAUUAAUUGCUACAAGUUUCAUGGUAGAGAAGAUCUCUUGCCCGCUUUUAGUGAGGAGGACGAUAAAUCGAAUGUUCUUAUACAACAACCAACACCUCAUUCCUCGUCGCAUCAGUCUCAUUCAUCCCAAGGUCAAAGUGGACAGUCGGCACAGCAACAGCAACAGACGGUGGGAGUUGUUCGACUCAACAGCACGGAUUCAUCUAAGGGAAACUCUUCGCCACUACAAAUCAUUGCCGCGUCACCAACAGCACUUACCACUGCCACUCAGAUGACGGCACAAUAUCCUACGGCGGUGUUGCAAACAAUUACUAAUCCCGAUGGUACGGUAUCCAUCAUACAGGUUGAUCCGAGCAAUCCUAUCAUUACGUUACCAGACGGUACUACCGCCCAAGUUCAAGGCGUUGCUACGAUCCAUACAAGUCAGGGAGAGGUACAGGCCCUCGCAGAAGUAGCCGGUGGGGCGGAAGGCAGUGUCGCAGUUGAUCUAAAUAGCGUGACCGAGGCCACCUUAGGCCAAGAUGGCCAGAUCAUUCUCACAGGAGAAGACGGACACGGCUACCCAGUAUCAGUAUCAGGAGUGAUCACGGUACCAGUUUCCGCGAGCAUGUACCAGACAAUGGUGGCGAACAUCCAGAGCGAUGGUACCAUGCAGGUCGUGACCCCGAUGGUUCAGGUGCCGAAGGUCGAGCCUGGAAACGGCGAGACCAGCAUCGAGGCUGUCACGAUUCAAGGUCAUCCGAUGACAAUGAUAAACGCAGCCGGCGAGCACCAGGUUCUCCAAGUGAUCUCGCUCAAGGACGCCAACGUCCUCACCAAGGCCAUGCAGGCUGAGGUCGUUAAGGACGAGGACAGCCAACAGCAGCAAACCGUCUCUAGUCCUGAAUAAUCACGUCCUAUUGUCAUUGCUUUGACCUCGUACAACGUAGGUCCAGCAUAAUGAACCUGGUGCGUGAUAGUGGUGUGCUAAUUAAACGAGACCGUGAUGAUGAAUUACAUACAUUGUAUACAAUGACUUUCCUGUCACUGAUCAAAAUCGAUCUUCUUGUCUCUUAUCAGUCACCACUCUACCUCUAGGUAGAUCUAUAAUGACAACGAUCGCUGCUAAGGAACGUGUUCUAUAUUUCAAAAGGGCGACAACACAGUGCGGUCUUUAACUCAUUGGAUUAGAAUGUCACUACGUUUUAUGUUAUUGUCUAAUUAGGUAUGGAUGUACAAGGUUGAUUUGAGAUCGACUGUUCUUAGUGGUAGUGCCUGUCAUCAAAGUCGCUGACUCUGAUGAUGUAUGGCGGGAGCGAAUGAUCAUCAGCUACGGCUGAAGUGUCUUUGCGGUCAGUGUAGUUAAGUCAUUUGCACGUUACCAAAGUGUUUCCAUUAAGUAUUAUUAUUUGAUCUAGUCAUAGUUAAUUGAAUUAUACAGAAUUUGGAUAUAUUGUUUAAAUGCACAGACCAGAGUCUGCAUUGCGUUUGAGAUGCAGUGAUGCUUUAUCGUUUUCGAGAUUCUUCGGGAAUCCAAUGAAUUUUACACGAAUAUGUAUCGCGAAACAGAGAGGUGAACACUGGUCCAAAAGAGUACAAUGUCGGAUUAGUCAUUGAAUUAAUUUUAAUCCAACGGGUUAAUGCCAGAAACGCGAUUAUUGUAAUAGAAAAGGAUUAUAUCGUUGCGCUACUUUUCCGUAGUUUAUUUUUCAUCCAUGAAGAAAUCCAUGAACUUUUGACUCGAUGUAACGUUGUGAAUGAAAAUUUUGAAAUUCGAAUCCAUUAUUGGAAGUGCGUUAUGACGUUUGAUACUUCAAGACUUACGAUAUAUUUUUGUUCUGCCGCAGAUAUAUAUAUAUAAUAUGUAUAUAUCUGUAAACAUAUAUAUUGCAAUGUAUUGAAACAUUUUCACGAUUAAUUUUUUUUUUAAGCACUAAUAGGGGUAUUAAGUAUUUCUGACGGGUACAAAUAGGAUAAGGUGUAACUUUUUGAAAAUCAAAUGUACGGAUUCGAAAUUCGAAUGCACACCAAAUGAUCUGCGGUCGUAGUCCUAAUUGUGUUUAUUUUAUAAUGGAUUAUAUUUUAAUUGGAUGUUUGAUGCAUUUUAAAUGACACGUGUAAGUAUGAUGUACUAGUAUAAUUCGAUAGAAACCGAGAGUGGAAUAUUUAUUAUUCAUUUAUUUAUUUCUUACACAAUGGAGCCUAGACAACAGAAUCUUUUAUUGAUGUCGUUGAACAGUACAGGCAUGCAAAUAGAACCUGGAUGUAUCUUUGGUAUUGUAAUUGAUUAAUCGUCGUAAUGCUCUGUACUGCAUUUCGAAAUGGUCAAACAUCCCAAAUCAUGAUUCGAAAUUGCUGUUUUAUUUAAAACAGCAUCUCCAUGCAUUUAAGCGCCGAGUCAUUUUUAUAUGGUAUUUAUUGUAUUUAAAUUUAGGUAAAGUAAUUUUAUUUCGCGUGCAAUCUUGUUUCAAUGUUGCGGUGUAGAGUUUACGCACGGAUGUAAUAUUUAUAAUCACUAUGUGAACUCUAGUCUACCAGGAUUCUUUUGUGUUCAGGAUAAUUUAAUUUAUAAUAAACAAUUUCUAUAGGUAUGAGGAAUAUAUAAUUCCAAUGUGCAAUGUGAUGUGUUUGGGCUCAUAUAAUAAUGCUUUAGAUUAUAUUUUUAAUAAUUGUUGAUGACGUUUGUGCUCGUUGAGCAAUCUUCAACAGAGCUGUGGAUCUCAAGUUAAAAUGAAGUUCCUCUUAAAAUCAGAAUUGCACUCAUUGUUUUGACAACAGGUACCUUAGAAAGAGAAUGUCGUAACAUUGAAACAACAAACUGCCCUUGUAAUCAGGUGUAACAAUACAAAAAAAGAUGUUUUUAUAAUAUUAUAGAAAAUGUAGCUAAAUUUAAUAACGACUAUCAUUAGAAAAGAUCACAAUUAUUGGGAAUUAAUUGUUGUACUAUUUUAAGGUCAUGGCCAUCAUAAAGGAUAAUAUUACCAUAAAUAUCUACACAUAGAGUCAUGUUAAGAAUUACACGUUAUUUUUCUCUCAUUUUCAUUCACGGUGAAAUUUACAAAAUAUAAGUUAACUUCAAUGUCGUUUGAGAUACAGAAUCUAUAUCACCAUUUUAGAUUAUUAUAGACAUAUAUGUAUAUGACUUUAUUGCCGUGUAUCAUGUAAUGUAACUUGUAAAUAUGUCGUCGUUGUGUCGCCUUUCUGCUUUGGUUAUUUUUGGUGUAAAAAGUCAAAUGAGUCGCAUUAAAAUCUUAGAACUAACGUAAAGAACCGACAGGAAAAAAAAAUAUUAAAAAUAUAAUAUACGCA